AGACAAAGACGACGCGGCGACUUCCACGAGGCGCACGCGACGAGCGCAACGGUCCCGAUUCUGCGACGACGCGUCAUCUCGUCGUCCGAGCACCAUGUCCGAGGUGUCCUCCUCGGCCGACCAUUCCGCCCUGGACGGCUGCAGGAUUUCGCACGACUGCCGGGUUCGCACGGCUGACGGUGGCGAGUUCAAUGUCCACCGCGGUUUCUUGAGCGCGUUGAGCCCGGUCUUUCAGGCCCUGUUCUCCAUCGAGUACGGGGACCGCAAAGAUGUCCUUCUCCAGGACGUCAAGGCUUCCACAAUGGGAGUGUUGUUCGGUUACCAAUACCAGAAUAAGCUGCGCAUCAACGAGGAGAACGUGACCGAGGUCCUGGCCGCGGCCGACAUGCUGCUCAUGGACGACGUGCGCAACCUGUGCCUGAACUACAUGCUGUCCAACAUGGACAUCGAGAACUGUCUGGGCAUGGCCACCUUGGCGCGGUGGUACCACUGCCCGAACUUCAGCCAAGCAGUGUUCAGCUACGUGCGCGAGCACUUCGACCAGGUGUGGCGUACAAGCGACGAGUUCCCGGAUGUCUCCGAGGCGCUGCUCGUCGAACUGUUCGCCUCCAGCGAGCUGAACGUGCGGAACGAGGCGAACCUGCUGCAAGCGAUCGUGCGCUGGUCGUCGGCCAGAGAUGCGUCCGCCAGCGGCGAGGCUGGCGCCGACCUGUCGAGGCUGCUGCAGUGCGUGCGUGUCGGGCUCUGCGGAUCGUUGGCGCCGGAAGACUUCGGCCGUUUGUAUCCAACGCUGGCGUGCAUCCCCGCGUACUGCGAUAUUGUGUGCGAGGCACAGCGGCGAGGCCCCUGCCUGUGUUCGCCCAGCCCGCUGCUGCUGGUGCAGUACGCCGCCCGUCGCUCGGACGCGGGUGCGGCGUCCCCUCUUCUCGUCGACGGCAACGGAGACAGCGGCAACACCGGCCGGAGCGACGUUGUUGCCCCCGCUGCACCCAGAAGCUCAGCACAGCUUCCCUGCGAGCGCUGUGGCGUGGCGCGCAACCCGGAGCGCUGGCUGCCACGCAUGCCGUACGAGAUGCUCUUCGUGGUGGGCGGCUGGAGCGACGGCAACGAGCGAGACGCCAUGGAGGCGUACGAUCCCAGGGCCGGGAGGUGGCUCAUGAAGCACAUGCCGGGAUUCGGGCCCAGGGCCUACCACGGCGUGGCGCUGCUGCGCAAUCGGCUGUACGUGGUCGGGGGCAUGCAGGACAGCGCCUACCUGCGCUCCUGCGACUGCUUCGACAUCGAGCGCUGCACGUGGGAGGCCCGUUCGAGCCUGAACAUCGCUCGGGGCUACGUCUCCGCCGUGGCCCUGGACGGCUACGUGUACGCCGUCGGAGGGCGCAACGCCAGCGAACGCACAGCCUCCGUGGAGCGCUACAACCCGCGCUCCAACCAGUGGACCCUGGUGUCCGCCAUGAAGAGAAGACGCAGCGAUGGCGCCGCCUGUGCCUUCAAAGGCAAGAUAUACGUGAGCGGCGGCUUCAACGGCCAGAAGGUGCUGACGAGCGUGGAAGAGUACACGCCCAGCCGCAACAUGUGGUGCCUAGUGCGGCAGCUGCCCAGUCCACGCUGCAGCCACCAGAUGGCGGUGCUCGGCGAGCGCAUCUACGUCAUCGGCGGGUAUGAUGGCCGCCGACGGCUAAGCUCAGUGUUGGCCAGCAGAGAGGGCGAGGGGCCGCUGUGGUGGCGCUCUGUGACCCCCAUGAGGAUAGGCCGGAGCACCUUCGCCGUGGCGCUGUUCGAUGACGAGCUGUACGCCAUCGGCGGUUUCGACGGGAUGAGCACCACAGCGGAGGUGGAGAGUUACUCCGUGGCCACCGACAGCUGGCGUCCCGCGGUGCCGCUCAACGAAGCGGUCUCUGCCAUGGCCGCCUGCACACUGAAGGGCCUCAACGUCUGCAGGCGCCUCUCCGCAUGCGCCGAGCCCUAGCCGCGUUGGCGUCCUCGAUGAAUUUGUAUAACAAUGGUUUUAUUUUUUUUU